GAGUUGCCGACUCCGCGAGUUCCCAUCUUACAAGUCCUCGCGUCUGCUUCAACCCACGGCCCACCCAAAUUGCUCCCCACCCCCGUCCGUCGCCCUUGCCCUCAAACUCGCGGCCUCGAUCAUGAGCCUCGCCGCCGAGUCACCGUCGCCGUCUAUGUCGUCCUUGAGCGGCAGCGACGAUUUCUCUGCCCUCCUAGAUGCGGAGCUCGAGUUCGACUCUGACGCCGACUCCGCCUCCCCUGCCGACACCUCCGCGUCAGCCACCAGCGACGACGACGACGAAGAGGAGGAGGAGGACGUUGUGGUCGAAGUAGACACCGUAGAGCAGGGCAGUACCAAAAGGCGUAGAGUGGAGGAGCAACACCAAGAUCGAGGAACAGCAAUGAGGCCUGAUGAAGAUGCCAUCGGUUCAUUUAAAGAUGCUGAAAUCAAGAUAUGUCCUCCACAUCCUGGUUUUCUUCGUGGACUUUGCAUUAAAUGUGGGAAAAUACAAGACGAAGAAGAUGUUCCAGGAGUUGCUUGUGGUUACAUCCACGAGGGUCUGAGGCUAGGUACUUCAGAAAUUGAAAGGCUACGUGGAUCUGAUUUGAAGAAGCUGCUGCGUGAAAGAAAACUGGUACUUAUUUUAGACUUGGAUCAUACACUGAUUAACUCAACCAGACUCCAUGAUAUUUCUGCUGCUGAGAUGGACCUGGGAAUUCAAACUGCUGCAUUAAAAGACGAUCCGGACAGAAGCUUGUUCACAUUAGAAAGAAUGCACAUGCUUACGAAGUUGAGACCCUUUGUCCGUAGAUUUCUAAAAGAAGCAAGCAAUAUGUUUGAGAUGUAUAUCUACACCAUGGGUGACAAGGCUUAUUCAAUUGAAGUAGCAAAGCUUCUUGACCCUGGUAAUGUCUAUUUUGGUUCAAAAGUGAUUUCAAACUCUGAUUGCACUCAGCGACACCAGAAAGGUCUUGAUGUGGUUCUUGGAGCUGAAAGUAUUGCAGUGAUUCUUGAUGACACCGAGGAUGUCUGGCAGAAGCAUAAAGAAAACCUGAUUCUAAUGGAAAGAUAUCAUUAUUUUGCUUCGAGCUGUCGCCAAUUUGGUUUUAGUGUCAGAUCUUUGUCAGAGUUGAUGGUAGAUGAAAGGGAGAGUGAUGGUGCUUUGUCUACCAUUUUAGAUGUCCUGAAGCGCAUACACACAAUUUUCUUUGACUCGGGUGUUGAGACCGCUCUUUCUUCACGAACGUAAAACAGGUAAUCAAGAGGGUGCGACAGGAAGUACUGCAGGGCUGCAAAUUAGUCUUCAGUCGGGUGUUCCCGUCCAAUUCUUGCCCACAGGAUCAGAUAAUCUGGAAGAUGGCCGAGAAGUUGGGUGCCUCUUGCUGUGCACACGUGGAUUCCACGGUCACCCAUGUUGUCGCUGUGGAUGUUGGAACAGAGAAGGCUCGCUGGGCUGUUGAAAACAAGAAGUUUUUGCUCCACCCACGCUGGAUUGAGGCCUCCAACUAUCGUUGGCGCCGUCAGCCGGAGGAAGAUUUUCCUGUAGCUGGCCGGAAGGAGAAGGGAAAGGAAAACGUUGCAGAAAAUGAUGUUGCCGCUACCAAUCGAACCGACUCGUAGAGUUCGAGCAGUUGAUUAACGAUAGGUUCCUAAGCGUGUUCCUGACGUACUACUCCUGUUCAGAGACUCAGACGACCCUUAUCAUGAAUCACUGGCAGCUUCGGAACUUGUUAUCAACUA